AUGUUCGGAACCUGGAAGUACGAUCCGGAAACGGACGAAGUCCAAAGCGUCCGCAACGCCUUUGACCCCGUAACGGCCCGCUCCAGCUCGCACCAGGCGUGUGAUCGUUGCCACGAGAAGAAGCUGAAGUGCAGUGGGGACAAGAACGGCUGCGAGCGAUGCAUUGGGAACAACCUACGCUGCGAAUAUACGCGCUCAGGGUCCAAGUCGUCUCGCAAGGGAAAGAAGAGCAGCCGCAAGUCCGAAGAAGACAGCGCGGCAAGCGGAUCGGGCUCGAGCUCGCGCCGCGGCGGCUCGUCGUCCAAGAAGUCCUCGUCCAAGCAUCACCACCACUCGUCCCGAACGGCGACUUCGAGCCACGAAGAGCCCGAAGGUCUUCUGGGCCAGUUUGACUUUUCGUCGCUGAGCCCAGAAGACGGAUUCGAUCUGGGGUUGCUCUCGCCUGGCGCAGACCAGACGUCGGGCGGUGGCUAUGCGGUUCCUGUGUCGUCGGCGGCAGCCUUGCAGGGCACCUACCCGCAGUUGCAGAUGCAGCCUGGCACAUCCGACGUCAACUAUCAGUCCUGGGACGGCUACUCGGCGUACCCAGCGGCGUAUGAUCAGCAACAGGGCUACGCGCCGCAGGAUUGGCCGGGCUAUGGCGACUAUGCGGGUCAACAGCAGCAGGACCCCCGAUACUACGGCGGCCGGUAG